CACCCGGUCCCGCCCAAGGAAACUUCCAGGUCAUCGAGAGGAAAAAGAAGUCCGCAAAGCCAAAAGCGGACCCCCUCUUCAAACCAGAGUACACAAAAAUCAACAGGGAGAUCAUUGUUGAAACCACUGCCCCAUCCGACGUUAACCCCUCCGAGAUCAGGACCCUUGUCAAUGCUAGAAUCCAAGACGAGUCCUGCCAUUUCAUCUCGGCAAGAAGAACACCCAAGGACAACUUCAUCCUGGAAACAAAAUUCGUUACCCCUGCAACAAAGGCAAUGGAAUAUGCCAAAGAAAUUGAGGAGGCCCUCCUCACCCUACAGGUACCGGUCGCUGUGAUCCGCGCAAACUCUAAAUGGUCAAAGUUUCUGCUCCAUGGAAUCCCCACAACGGUCGGGGAGGGCAUUGAGGCGGGACAAUUAGUAGCAUCAGAAAUCAGAAGCAACUAUGGAGAGAACUUCCAACUUGCGCAGGUCCCCCGCUGGAUAUCCAGGGCAGAAACUCGAAUGGAGAAAACCCACUCAUGA